AUGUCAACAACGGCGGUCGAGCCUGGCGAGCGCUCCGAGACUCUAGGCACUCGGGACAAUGUCGCGGUAGACCACGCCAAAAGUCGUGCCAUUCUUGACGCCUGCAGUCGUGACGACAUUGAACAUCUCAAGGAGCUCGCAGUCAGCAAAGGGGGGUUCCUCUCGGAUGCUAUUCGAUUUCGCGCAUGGGCGGUCCUCCUCGGCAUUAGGCCUUCUCAUGCAGUCGCUCUUGAAAACGACACUUCAUCGCCAAAGCCUCAUUCCGAGAUCAAUGGAUCUGUUGAUGACACCUCUAAAGAGGCAGAUGCAAUCAAUAGACCAUGGACCACGCUUCCCCGGCACAGGGAUGAGGAUCAGGUCCGUCUAGAUGUCGACCGCAGCUUCAUAUACUAUCCCAAUGAUCAGUCUCAAUCUCAACUGGAAACCAAAAAGACUGAGCUCUCAGACUUAAUCACGGAAACACUUAGGCGACAACCCUAUCUGUGCUAUUUCCAAGGCUAUCACGAUAUUUGCCAAGUCUUCUUGCUUGUAUUGCCGCCCCAAUUGAGGGCCUCAGCGGUCGCCCGUCUUUCUGCGCUUCGGAUUCGAGACUUUAUGCUGCCCACCCUGGCGCCUGCCAUUUCUCAAUUGCGACUGAUUCCAGAUAUUCUGAAUGCGGUGGAUCCAGCAUUGUGUCGCCACUUGUCCCAGACUGAGCCCUUCUUCGCCCUGUCGGGAACACUGACCAUGUAUGCGCACGACAUACAAUCCUACAACUCCAUUGCCCGGCUCUUCGAUGCCCUGUUAGCCCGCGAGCAGAUAUUUAGCGUCUACAUGUUUGCUCAAAUUGUUUUGAAUCGACGAGAGGAGUUGUUCGAUACGCCAGAUAGCGAGCCUGAAAUGCUCCACUCGAUACUAUCCAAAUUACCUCAGCCUCUCGAUCUCGACAAGCUCAUUGCUGAUACCGCUGCAUUGUUUGAGAAACACCCGCCAGAGUCUCUUCGCUCCUGGCGUAGGAUAUCGAGCGCAAGCGUUCUCAAGACGGCUCGCAACGUCACAAUCUGUUCCAAGCAGACUCUUGAGGAUGGGCAUCGAUUCUUUGAGAAGCAGCUCAAGGAAAUGCAGUGGGCCGAGAGCCGCGAGAGAAUACUCAAGCAAAUGUGGGCAUACCGCAAGCCCGCUCGCGGCAUUGCACUAGCCGUCCUCAUUGGUCUGGCGGCCGUGUACAUACGGAAAUCACCUGGCACCUGGGGUUUCUUGGAAGCUCUAUGGUCAAAGCUGAGGUGA